AUGGAGGUCACUUUGACACGAGCGAUUCGAACACAGCAAAAUAACACAGUUCGAAAUAUUUUGGACGUGCCUAACGCGGGUAUAAAUCAUCGAAUUCGGGGUGGCGUUUCACCAUUGACGCUGGCAGUGAAGCUCAGACUCACUCAGGUCACAGAGCUUCUUUUAAGAUCCGAGGCUGACGUAAAUGCCGAGGAUGAGGACGGCUUUACUCCUCUAGGGUGGGCAGUUAUCAAAGGCCAAAAAGCAAUAGUGGGCUUACUAAUUUCCUUUGGCGCUGACUUGGAAUAUAAGUAUCAAAAACACGACUGCUGCACGGCACUGCUACUUGCUACGAAACAUGAACAGAUCGCUGUAGUUGAUGAGCUACUCCAACGAAACGCUGAAGUCAAUUGUGCAGACGUGCAUGGCUAUACACCCCUAGCAUGGGCAGCCAGGCAGGGAUCUGAUGAAAUAGUGAAAAGAUUG